AUGGUUGCUUGUAAAGUGGAGGAAGCAGAUGCGGGUGUUGGAGCAACUGUGAAAGUUGAAACGGGCAAUGGAUUGGUCAGCGAAGGAAUCGUGAUUUCCUUCGAUAAGGCAAGAAACAUGCUGGUUCUCGACACCAAGGAAAUCGCUUCCAGCAAACCAAUAAUUCGCAUAUUCAACAGUAAAAACCUCAAAAACGUCAAAGUGGUGUCGCAACCAGUUGACGAAAGUGCAAAACACGCCCAGGAGAAAAUGUCUCAGUUUACAAUGAACAAUCCUCUAACUGGAAACAAAACCACUGAUAGAUUAGUCAAAACUCUCGGGGAGAUGCGUCCUAGUGUGAUGAAAUCGAAUGUCCCGAUUAAUGGUCAACAAGCAUAUCUCCAACUCAAACUUACAAUCGCGGAUACUCACUGGGCCGGAGAGAAUAUCCGCGUAAUGGGUCAUGUUCUCGUCAAAAAACCGUACAAUGUGGACAGUGUGACAAAAGAUACGACGGCUCCUGGAUACGAAGAAUCACGAGCCAACACGGCACUUCUUCAGGUUAAGAAAAUACUAUCGAAGCCAUUAGCUGAGAACGCACCACGUCAUCCGCUGGAUUUCACUAUUGGAGCAGUCGUCGGCAACUAG